CUGCCCCACGUGAGCGGCGGUUGGUGCCGGCGCUCGGAGUGAGGGCUGAGUCCCCGCACUGGAGGACGUGCUAGGUCAGCUCACUUAGAUCCCUAUUCAUGGGUUUAAAUUGAUUCUUAUCUGCCGUGCAGUGAAUGAAUUUACAUUCUUGGGACACCCGGCACCGGUCACCGAUUUGAUUGUGGUACAUUUAAAAAGAUCAUCUUGCUGUACCAUUUGCUAUUUUAAGAUCUGAGUUGUUGAGGGAUUACAAGAGCUUAUGAGGAAGUUCUGCUGUGAAAAAGAAAACCAGUGGCAAGAGGAAACUGCAGAACAUCAGGAACAUCAAACAGGAAAAGAAGGAGAAGGGAAACUGGAACAGCAAGUGGAGAAUCAUGAGACCAAUCCGAACAUUUGCUAAUGAUGACCGACAUGUUAUGGCAAAACAUUCCUCGGUGUAUCCUUCCCAAGAGGAGCUUGAGGCUGUACAGAAUAUGGUUUCAACAGUUGAAUGUGCAUUGAAACAUGUAUCGGACUAUUUGGAUGAAACUAAUCUGCAGUCCAAUAAUGUGGAUGCCAGUGAAGAUGGAGCAACAGAUGUGAAGAAAAGUAGCAUUUCAGAGAGCAAUACAAAUGAACAGAGUGGGCGAGUAUUGUGUGGAGUGAUGCGAAUUGGAUUGGUUGCAAAGGGUUUGCUGAUAAAGGGGGACCUGGAUUUGGAGCUUGUACUGAUGUGUAAAGAAAAGCCGACCGAGAAGUUAUUACACACUGUCUAUACCAAUCUGCCAACACAAAUAGAGAAACUUUCAGAAGAAAAAUACGAAGUUGAGAAGUGUGCAGAAGAAGCAGCUAUUACUGUUCAAAAUACAAAAGAACCCAAGUUGACACUCAAGAUUAUUCUUAGUUCUCCAGUGGUGAGAGAUGAAAUGGAAAAGAAGGAAGAUGGAGUAGAAAAUUUUGCGAUGAAAGAUCCACCGGACUUAUUGGACAGGCAGAAAUGCCUAAACGCCUUGGCGUCUCUGCGACAUGCCAAAUGGUUUCAGGCAAGGGCAAAUGGAUUAAAGUCAUGUGUAAUUGUGAUUCGUAUUCUGCGUGAUUUAUGCAACAGAGUGCCCACAUGGGGACCAUUGAAAGGCUGGCCCCUUGAACUUAUUUGUGAAAAAGCCAUAGGUACUAGUAAUAGACCACUAGGGGCUGGUGAAGCCUUGAGACGUGUAAUGGAGUGCUUGGCAUCAGGAAUUCUUCUCCCUGGUGGUCCAGGAUUACAUGAUCCUUGCGAAAAAGAUCUAACUGAUGUGUUAAUCUCAAUGACUCCUCAGGAAAUGGACAACAUUACUCAUAGUGCCCAGCACGCACUUAGACUCAUGGCCUUUGGUCAAAUCUACAAAGUACUGGAGAUGGACCCACUUCCAUCAACAAGAACCUCCAUUCAAAAAUGGUCCAGAUCUCUGAAUGAGCGAGACGGUCCACUCUCAGUACCUUUGAAGAGACCAUAUGAAGAUGGUAUGGGAGACGACAAAGAUCCAAAUAAAAAGAUGAAAAGGAACCUGAGAAAAAAUUCAAAUGGGCUUCAGGCACUACUGCAACUUACCAGGUGGUUGAGCAAGAUGCAGCUGGUUGACAUGCAAAAUCCUAGCUACGAGCCUGUAGCAGUUACUUAUCUUUCAGAUAUGAGAACGCAGGGCCCUAUCCUAACUGCCAGCGGAAAAAAUCCGGUUAUGGAGCUAAAUGAAAAGAGGAGAGGUUUGAAAUAUGAAUUAAUAUCUGAAACUGGUGGUAGUCAUGACAAACGCUUUGUAAUGGAGGUGGAAGUAGAUGGUCAGAAGUUCAAGGGAGCAGGUCCUAAUAAGAAAGUCGCAAAAGCCAGUGCUGCUUUAGCAGCCCUUGAAAGAUUGUUUUCUGGUCCAAGUGCUGCAAACAACAAGAAAAAGAGAACGGUUCCUCCGGCUAAGGGUCCAAUUCCUACUCCAGCAGCUGCAGUCCAGACUCUCAGAGGCAGAGGCAGAGGGGCCUUGAGCAGAGGAGCAUUUGCUGGAGCAGCAGUAACAGCUGCUCCAGGAUAUCUAACACCAGGUUAUGGGGCACCAUAUGGAUACAGUGCUGCUGCCCCAGCUUACGGUUUGCCAGGCAAGAGAAUGCUUCUGUUCCCUGUUAUGAAAAUUCCAACAUAUCCUGUUCCCCUUUACUCCUUUUUCAGCUAAUUACUGUAUUAGAAGCCUAACAACUGAUUCUGAUCACAAUAGCAAAAAAGUGAGCAUUAGGAGAAAAAAGUUGCUUUUUUAAUUAAAUUUCUUUUGAAAAUGUUGUAUGAAGCAAAUUAUUUGUAAAAUAAUUUUUCCGAUCUUUUUGAUUUUAACAAAAAGGCUUAGUUCAUUAAAACUUGAAGAUGUACUGUGAAAUGUUACCUCAUUCUCAAUAUAACUUAUGCCAGCCUUCUGUGGUAGAAAGUAAUAAACUUUAAAAAAAAACCUCACAGACAUUUUAAUUGAAUCAUAGCUUCUGAAGAAUUUUAUGGAAGCUUAUUUGUGAAGGAUGUAUAGAUAACAGAUCUCUGAUCACAAAUAAACACUUUGUUUCAGAACCA